AAAAAGGCAUGCUCUAAGAAAUUUCUCAAGCUAGAAAUCCAUACAGGGGUGAUCUAGAGGAAUUUCAUUCUACCACAAUGGAGAAAAAAGGUAUUCUUCUCUUCUUGAAUGUCACCUUCCUGGUUCUGGUCGGAAUUCAAGGUGCCCUAAUAAUGAAGAGCGGACGCUGUGUCUGCAUUGACAGUACCAAAGCGAUGAUCCACUUACGGUUCUUAAAGGACAUUAAACAAUACGCCCCAAGCCCUUUCUGUGAGAAAACUGAAAUCAUUGCUACAAUGAAGAAUGGGGAUCAAGCAUGUCUAAACCCAGAUUCAGCAAAUGUGAAGAAAUUGAUUAAAGAUUGGGAGAAAAAGGUCAACCAAAAGAAAAAGCAAAGGAAAGGGAAAAAACGUCAAAAAGGCAAGAAAUUCCUGAAAGUUAAAAAAUCUCAACGUCCUCAUCAAAAGAAGACUACCUAAGAGACCUCUUUUACCAACAAGUAUUUUGUGUUAAUGCUUUUUAAAAUUACACAAAAAUAAUUCCUAACAGGGAUGGCAUCUAAUACAUAGGCUUGUGGUUUUGACCAGAAAAUUUUCAAGUAUUAUUUUGAAAUUGUGAAUAAAGUUAGAAAAUGCUAUUAACAUCCAAA